GGUCCGAAUCUGCUGGAUAAACCGUGGUGAUUGGUUGGAGAACGGCCUAGCAACCGUAUCAGCUGUUUUCCCCUCCCAUUUUUUCCCUUAAAACCUAAAAAAACAAGCAGAAGAAGCUAUUCUUGAUUAUUUUUCGAUGAGAAACCGAGGCGUGCUGUUUGAUGUUUAUUUUCUCCUUAUAACUUAAAUUCAUUGCAAAAUUUCUUCAAUUCACAUCUGAUUAACGAAGUAGAAAAUGUGGUGUCUGGUAUCCCAGCCGAACGCAACGAAAAAUGCAGAUUUGGUAAUAGAAGUACGACUCAGUCACAAAGCCACGGGGCAGGAGUGUCUCAGUCAGGUCUGUCAAAAGCUUGGAAUUAUUGAAUCAGAUUACUUUGGCCUCCAGUUCACAACAGUCAGAAAAGAAGAAAUCUGGCUGAACCUGAGAAAUGAAAUCCGACAAGAAAUACAUGCUCAUCCUUUCAGACCGACCUCCACUGAUGGAAGCAAACCUGCAGCCAUCCGUUUCAGAUUGAAAGUAAAAUUCUGGGUUCCACCUCAUCUCAUCUUGCAGGAAUCCACAAGGCAUCAGUUCUAUCUGCAAGCCAAAGUUGAUUUGAUUGAAGGCAGGUUAUCAGUAACAGAACCAGCAGCUACAGUUAGAAUUUGUGCUCUUGUAGCUCAAUCGGAAAUGGGAGAUGCAACAGGAAUGCCCUGCCAAACAGAGUCUUACUUACUCAGUUUUUUCCCUCAUGUGACUGUUAAAGACCUUGAAUCAUUUCAAGCCAGCAGGGAUGAGUGGAUAGCCAAAAUCCUUCAACAACACCAAACCCUAAAGGGUAUGUCUUCCACUUUGGCCGAGUAUUGGAUGUUGAAAGAAGUCAGCCAAUUAAAAGACUACGGUACCGAAACGUUUCGGGCACGUUGGAUUCUUGCCGAACACAGUGCAUCUAUGCGAGAAUCGGUACAAAGUACCGUAGCAGUAAGCCCACAAGGUGUAUGCAUAACAAGUCUUGAAAGCGAACAUCGCUUGAGCGUCCCGUUCUGUGCAAUUCAAGCUGCCACGAAUCAUAAUGUGCGAUUUUUAUUGAAGCAUCGGAAUGACCUCGGUGGAGUCGAGUGCGCCUCACUCAAGUUAGAGACUUAUCAGGCAUCAAUCGCGCUGUAUCGGUCCAUAACUGAAAAACAUGCAUUUUAUAGUUGCGAAACUGUACGUAGCGCCGUGACGUCGCAAUUCGUGCGAGAUUUAAAAGGAACUAUUGCGUCUUUCUUCAACGAAAACACAGAUCUUGGUAGCGCCACGAAAUCGUUAUUUAUUUAUUUUUUCAAUUCACCUAUGUCAACCCACGAUAUUUGUUAUCUUGCAGGAAAAAAGUAUAUUUUUGACAUUCAACGCACCUGUCGGGAAGUUUACGACAAUGCUAGACGGAUCCUUUAUCAAGCUGGGGAUACACAAGUUCCUGCUCCGUCAUCGCCUUCCUUGAGUUUUCCUACAGGACUUACAUCAUGCUCUGACGUUUCGUGCAAAACUACGAGAGAACAAUUCAGUCGUCUGCAGGAAGCUCUUCUCUGUCGCAUUUGUAUGGAUGAUGAUAUUUCGGCAGUGUUCUGUCCUUGCGGACACGCCGUUGCUUGCUCUUCAUGCGCAAAGCGUUGCGUUCAGUGCCCGGUGUGCCGAGCUCCAGCCAAUCAUACGCAGCCUAUUUUUUUACCUUUGUCGGUCGUUAAGGAAGGAUUCACAAUGAACAAUGGAAACAAACGAUUGGAGCAAUACGAAAUCGAGGUCUAACGGUCUAUCUACUUGCGCUACCCCCUAACCCAACUUUGAUAUAUUUCGUACUUCAAUGCAAACUACGUGACUUCUGUGAUCCGUAAUUUGGCGGAAAAAGAGCGGCUUGAUCCGUUUUUGUUUUCACUUACUUUAAAUACCUCUGUAUUUGUACAACUAACUUUAUGUGAUGGCUUUGUAUUUUCCAAUUUGAAUUUUUCCAGAGGCUGAUAAAUUAUGCUUUACAUUUCA